AUGUACCAAACAGAGUCAUGGGGAUCGCCCUACGUGCCAGCAUCGGGGAGAAACGGAGUCGGGUCUUACUCCGGCGGCGGUGGGGACCCUUUCGAACGGAUAGAGCGGCUUGCGGCGGAGAGCGCGGUGGUGAUAUUCAGCAUAAGCAGCUGCUGCAUGUGCCACGCCAUCAAGCGGCUCUUCUGCGGGAUGGGCGUCAACCCGACCGUCUACGAGCUGGAUCAGGCGGGCGACCCAAUUGCAGGGAAGGAGAUGGAGCUGGCGCUGAUGAGGCUGAUCGGAGCCUCCUCCGCCGCCGCUCUCCCCGUCGUGUUCGUGGGCGGGAAGCUCGUCGGGGCUAUGGACAGGGUCAUGGCUUCCCAUAUUAAUGGCACCCUCGUCCCUCUACUCAAAGAUGCCGGCGCUCUCUGGCUCUGA